GAAGUUUGGAGCGGAUCAGACUGACCGUCCGGACACCAUGGACCCGCUGCUGUAUCUGGGAGGUUUGGUGGUUUUGUUCCUGCUGUGGAUCAAAGUCAAAGGUCUAGAUUACGUGAUCGUGCACCAGCGCUGGAUAUUCGUGUGUCUGUUCCUGCUGCCGCUCUCCGUUAUAUUCGACGUGUAUUAUUAUGUGAGAGCUUGGCUCAUUUUCAAGAUGUGCUCUGCGCCCAAACUGCACGACCAGCGGGUGAAGGACAUCCAGCGACAGGUCCGUGAGUGGAGGAAGGAGGGCAGCAAGAAACACAUGUGCACAGGUCGACCCGGCUGGCUCACCGUGUCUCUCAGAGUGGGCAAAUACAAGAAAACCCACAAGAACAUCAUGAUCAACAUGAUGGACAUCCUGGAGGUGGACACGCAGAGGCAGGUGGUGCGAGUUGAGCCGCUGGCCAACAUGGGUCAAGUGACCGCUCUGCUCAACUCCAUUGGCUGGACGCUGCCGGUGCUGCCGGAGCUGGAUGACCUCACUGUGGGUGGCUUGGUGAUGGGUACAGGCAUUGAGUCGUCCUCCCAUAUUUAUGGGCUGUUUCAGCACAUCUGUGUCGCGUUUGAACUGGUUCUUGCUGAUGGCAGUUUGGUUCGCUGCACUGAGGAGGAGAACUCGGAUCUGUUUCACGCUGUCCCGUGGUCCUGUGGAACUCUGGGGUUCCUGGUUGCAGCUGAGAUUAAAAUAGUCCCUGCUAAGGCCUGGGUGAAGCUGCGUUACGAGCCAGUCAGAGGACUGGAGAACAUCUGCAAACGCUUCACCGAAGCAUCAGAGAACAAGCAGAACACAUUUGUUGAGGGUCUCCAGUACACUCUGGACUCUGCUGUCAUCAUGACAGGAACCAUGACUGACCACGCAGAGCCUGACAAGAUAAACAGAAUCGGCCUGCACUUCAAACCCUGGUUCUUUAAACACGUGGAGAGCUACCUGAAACAAGACUGCACCGGAGUCGAAUACAUCCCUCUGCGGCAGUACUAUCACAGACACACACGCAGCAUUUUCUGGGAGCUUCAGGAUAUUAUUCCAUUUGGCAACAACCCCAUAUUCCGCUGGUUGUUUGGGUGGAUGGUUCCUCCUAAAAUCUCUCUGCUGAAGCUCACUCAGGGAGAAACCAUCAGGCGUCUCUAUGAACAGCACCAUGUGGUCCAGGACAUGCUGAUACCCAUGAAGCACCUGCAGGCCGCCAUCACGCGCUUCCACCAGGACAUUGAUGUUUACCCUCUGUGGCUGUGUCCAUUCCUGCUGCAGCCCGGCAGGGGGAUGGUUCACCCCAAAGGUCAAGAGGAGGAGCUGUACGUGGACAUCGGGGCGUACGGAGAGCCCAAAGUCAAACACUUUGAAGCUAAAGCGUCGACACGACAGCUGGAGAAGUUCGUCAGGGAGGUUCAUGGGUUCCAGAUGCUGUAUGCAGAUGUGUACAUGGACCGAGAGGAGUUUUGGGAGAUGUUUGACGGACAGCUGUACCACAGAUUGAGAAAUGAGCUGGGAUGUAAGGACGCCUUCCCCGAGGUUUACGAUAAAAUCUGUAAAUCUGCCCGACACUGACCCUCAUCUCCCGCCUGGAGCCCAAACUCGGAGCUCUGUCACAGAUUCACCGACUCAAGAUUGACUAGUUUUGAGAUGUUUGGACAAAAAACAACAAACUGGAUACAUCUCAACAUUUUCUAAGGUGGACUUUUCACACAUGAAUACUUGUUGUUUUUGGCAAUGAGACCGAGGAGGCCCAUCUAUCAAUGUGAAGCAGGAGUAUUUUACUCAUUGUAAGUCAUGAAUGUCUUAAUUUUUUUCUUUGUGCUAUACACAGUUUAUUUUAACAUUCAUGUUCGGAUUCACGUGCUGCUUGACCCAAACCUAACUGCACCAAAUGUCUUAUUUUUUCAUUUAAAAAAAUGUUCCCUGUUAAACUACUUAAUUGUUUCCUAAGUGCCACAUCCUUUGGAAAUAUGACUUCCUGAUUAGUCUCACACAUUUUAAAAGACAUACUUCCAUGAUAAAGCUCAGUUGAACUAUAUUAUAACUCAAAGAUGACUAUUUUGAUAUCAGAUCGUAUUUCCAGGAUUGUGUAUUGGUGGGAUGAAUUAAUUAAAAUGUAUUUUCUGUGAUAAA